AUGGAAGCUUUAUGGAGUUUAGAAGAUAAAUUGAAGGUAUCAACGCGAAAGGCUGUUGCAUUAUUUGCUUGCACUUCUUUUUUACUGAUCGGUUUAUGCACGGCGGUGGCUCUGAAGAGAAGGUGGAGUAGAAGGAAAGGAACUGUAUAUCAAGAACCGCAUACAGAAGCCUCAAUCACUACGACGUGGGCUGAGCCACCACGGCCGGGGUGCGGCUCGGUGAAGGAGGCAUUAAUGAGCUCGGUACGGUGGAACGGGGCGAGCAAGUGGGAAGUGCACUUGAAUGGGAGUGGUAAAGAAGGGCCUACAUCUUUGCUUGUGAGAGGAAAUUGUGCAGGAGAUUUUGGGUGGCAGAGUCAUAAUUCAACUUCACCUGUGUGGCAAAGGCCAAUACUCAUGGGUGAAAAGUGUGAGCUUCCAAGAUUUAGUGGCGUUAUACUGUAUGAUGAAAGAGGGAGGCCACUUGAUCACCGUGAUUGCGAAGAAGGAAGCAUUGAUAAUCAGAGAAAAGGGGAAACGUGGCUCUUUUCUACCUCUCAUUGUCUUUCGUUCUCUUCCAAUUUCGUUGAUGACCAGGUAGUGUACAUGGCUAUUGUUGGAUCAUUCCCAUUCAACUCCUUUCUUUCUGGGGUACUUUCUUGUGUAGGGACUGCGGUCCUUGCUGUGUGUCUACGUAUCCAAGUAAACAAAGAAAACAAGGAAUUCAAGGAUUUACCUCCAGAACGUGCUUUUGCUGAUUUUGUUCUCUGCAAUUUGGUGCUUCAUUUGGUUAUCAUGAACUUCCUCGGAUAG